AAAUAUUAUUCAUGAUUGAUUAUGGCUACAUACAAGCAUUAAACGAUUUGUAGACAGCUAAACAAACAUCAGCUGUCUGUGGGUUGUACGAGUUGUCUGUUUAGCCGUCUGUAUUGUAAAUUUCAAGAAUUUAUAGACAGCAGCUGUCUCCCUGUUGUACAUGCCCUUAGGUGCAGUACAGGUCUCCACCGAUAUGAUUGUGGAGUACUAAUUAAAGCAGCUAGGGAAUGAGAUGUAGAUGAUUAGGACUUAUUUUGACAGGUUGCACAAGAUCCCUUAAAAUUCCAUUAAAAAUUGGAAUUACCUGUAUCGCUGGGCAGAUCCAUCUCCUGGAGGCCCUGCCCGGCACAGCGCCCUCGUAUGCGGAGGCCAAGGCCGAGGCCGCCGGACGUGCCCGGCAUCCCAGGCAGGUCCUCCCAGCAGCCGGCCCAGACGCGGAUGCUCCGCAAUCCGCACGCGCUUCGCUUCUCCGCCAUCUCCGUCCGAAUCGCGAUCAAAUGCCACCGCGCGCAUCGCUCCUCUUCCUCCGCCGUCUCUCCACCCGCCCGCCUCACCGCGAUCACCCCAAAGUCGCGGCGCUGCUAGGGGUCCUCAACUCGGCGCCGUCGUCCUCCACGUCGCUCUCACACGCGCUCUCCCGCGCCUUCCCGUCGCCCUCCGACGCCUUCCCUCUCCACAGGCUGCCUCACCUCCUCCCGCUGCUCCCCUCCCCGCUUCUCUCCCUCCGCUUUCUCCUAUGGCACCUGACCUCGUCCUCCCCGCGACCCUCCCAGCACGCUCUCUCCUCACUCGCCGCCUCGCUCCCCGACCUCUCAUCCUCCGUGCCGCUACUCCUCUCGUCCUCCCCACGUCCCCUCCCGCUCCCGCACUAUGCCCUCCUGCUCAACAUAUCCGCUCACGCCGGUCUCUUCCCUGCCUCCCUCGCCGUCCUGCGCCAUAUGCGGUCCUUCGGCCUCGUGCCCGGCGCCGCCUGCUUCCACCACGCCCUUCGCGCCGCGGGCUCCGCCGGCGAUGUCUCAGCGGUGCUUGAGAUCAUGUCUGGGUCCGGCGCCUGUCCUACCGUGCCCGUGAUCGUGGCCGCGGUGCAUAAACUGGCGUCGGUUGGGGACUUCGAAGUCGCCUACAGGCUGAUCGACAAAAUGCCGGAGUUCGGGUGUGUGCCCAAUGCGGUGGUUUACACGGCAGUGCUCGACGGGAUGUGCAGUUUUGGGAACGUGGAUGCGGCGUUGAGGCUGAUGGAGGCGAUGGAGGGCAGCGAGUUUGGUGCAAACUGUGCACCCACCGUGGUGACCUAUACGUGUUUGGUGAAAUGCCUCUGUGGGAAGGGGAGGGUGGCCGAGGCUCUUGCUGUGCUGGAUAGGAUGGCAGAGAGAGGGGUGAUGCCAAACCGUGUUUUUAUGCGGACGCUGGUCGAAGGAUUUUGCACUGAGCAGAGGGUUGUCGAGGCAUAUGAUGUGGUGGAGCGUGUAAUUGGUGAUGGGAGUGUUUCAAGUACACAGUGCUACAAUGUUCUACUCGUUUCCUUGUGGAAAGUUGGCAUGGAAGAAGAAGCUGAAGGACUGGCACAGAGGAUGAUGAAGAAAGGGGUGCAGCUGACCCCACUCGCUGGCAGUUCUAUGGUGAGGGAGCUGUGUGGAAGGAAGAGGUCGUUGGAUGCUUGCUACUGGCUGGGAUUGAUGGAGGAGAACGGGGUGUUGUGUGACUCUGAUGUGUAUGGUAGCUUGUUGCUUGGGCUGUGUGAGGACGGCCACAUUCAUGAGGCAUCAACAUUGGGAAGGAAGGUUGUCGAUAGGGGGAUCCUCAUAGAAGUAUCUUGUGCUGACCGUUUAGUGAAGUUGCUGAAGCAAUAUGGUGAUGAGGAGCUUGCAUCACAUAUAUUGAGAUUGAGAAGGCGCUCUGAAGGGUUGUCAUUUUAAGCAAUUUGCGAUUCUGCUCCAUCCUUGUGGAUGAAGAACAUCUUGAUUAGUCAUGGGAUGUGCCAAGAAUAGUGUUUCACCACCUUGUUCGGAAUUUGCUCGUGAACUGAUUUAGCAAAAUGGCUUAGGCCUUGUUUAGUUUCCAAAAA